UCUUUCCGCUACAAAGCUUCUUACCAAGCAGGCGUACUCUGGCUAACAUACGUUGACCAACUACCGAAUUUACGUAUCUCGAGACGAAGCGGCAACGUGUAAGUGCUUUUGAUGCCCAAAGGAACAUCUUCUGCAACCUUGCCUUUGUUUACCGUAAUGGAGAUAGCUGGGCAACUGAAUCAAACUUUUUUACAGGCAAGAUGUUUUCCGAUAGCGUAGAAGACCUUCUGGAAGAGUUAACGAGGGUGAUGCUCGAUGCAUCGGAGCUUAACGACCCAGAUUCCGAUUCGGAGUCCGAGAUGACUAUCGAGGUCUCAAGGGAGGAUCCUGAAGAUCUGAUAGAUCCACCAGAGUCUCCGAGAGAGUUACCACAGAUGUUAGACGCGAGCACACAGACCCCUGCAGUCACAGUACCAAUAAAGUUUGCUGCACCUAGUAAGACGAAAUAUACCAAACCACCCAGAGUCCCUGCCGUAAAGCAUAUGACUUCAUCCUCAGUGACGGGGAAACAGAAGGUGACUGAUGAAGCUGACCAGAGUCAAGACUCAACUCACACGACGACCGGAAGAGGUCGAUCGACCAGUCGACCAUGGUUAGCAUCAUCAUCCCCAGGCCCACCAGCAGUCAACAAGACCAAGGGUUCCACUGGUCUAGUGGACACAUCUACGUCAACUGCCGAGAAACGGCAAGGUGCGACAGGCAAGAGGCAGCGUCAAUCUUCUCCUCAGCCUUGUGCGAAAAGACAGAGGCGGUCUCGCAAGAGCUACCGUCCACUAUCCCCACACUUGCAGCCGCUGUGUUGGAACUGCCACCGAGAAGACCACCGCUACUCAGACUGUCCCGAGAAGAUCGAGCUGGGCCUCGCUACGUUCUGCCGACGAUGCAGACGAAGGGGUGUUACCCUAGCUGAGUGCCCUACCUGCAGGGACCAGUGGGAGCGUCAAGGACAACAUUGUCCCAGCGCUGGACGUUGUGUACCAAGAGAAGAGUUCAAAUGGGAUUACCGAGAAAAAGCCUCGGAAAAUUUCCACCAAAGAGAGCCAUGAAUGACUCAGUAUCGUUCUAAAUUGUAGUCUGAAUUACCGAGUGAUGUGCCGCAAAAUGGAGUAUCAUGAUAAAAAUAAAAUGUCGCUGUUAUCGCGGUAGAAAAAUUUUCUUAUUUACCCCGCGGAUAUUUAGCUUACGUUGAAGACGUAUGUCCUGGAUGACAUUUUACUACUCCAGACUUACAUCUGAUACCGCGGCUUUAAUCUGGUUCUUUCUUGUAUUAGCAGGGCCGGAUUUAAAUUUAAUGCCACUCUUGGGCACCGAAAAAAAUCCGCCCAAUACUGGAAUUUCACUUAUACUUAUAGUUUAUAUAUUUUAUUUUUCAAAAUUUUGCAGUCCUAAAACAUUUGCCGCCCUGGGCACUUGCCCAGACUGUCCCUAGUGUAAAUCUACCGCUGUGUAUUAGGAUAUGUCUAAUUAGACUUUUAUAUAAGUUAUUGUCUGUAGAAAUAUAAAUUACUUAUAAUUUAAUGUGUAUCCUUGUGGAAUUUAAACUUAAAAAAAAGUUUUUUUUUGUCUCAUGAAAAUUGUUGAGAAAUGGAGGAAAAUAAAAAUGAAUAUAGAAGUAAUUUAUUGUUAUUAAAUUAAUUAACAUGGUAAAUUAUAUUUUUACAAAUUACAAGACUCGUUCAUAAUUACAUUGUUAUAUAUAUUUAUUAUAUUGUUAAUAAUUUAAAUUAAUUCAACAAAUUACAAUCAAUGAUAAAAAUAAAAGGAAAAAAAAUGAA